GUUCCAUGCAGUGUUAAAUCCUCUCUGCGGGGGGCGCCCCCCGCAGUGAUUUCGGGCGGACGGCAGGUGAGACGCACAGAAGGGAGGGUGAUGAGGGAGAGACGGCCACCGUCCUCAGCCAGCAGCGGGUCGACGUCACCAGAGGAUGGGAGCGAUGGGCACUCUGCUCCGCGGCUAUAAGAAGAGAUGGCGUCCUGGCGCCGGUGAAUAAGCAGAAAUCACACCGAGAUCCAAAUUAAAACCCCAGACGAUGAGACCGAGACCGGGGCUGAGAUGCUGCGUAGGCUGUUUGAACCAUCGGAUGGAGAACACGGGAGAUACAAUGUCGAUGAAGGCGACACUUUGAGGAUAUUACAGGAUCUGGAGGACACACACAUAGUUGUUGUUUUGUUUUUUCCACCAUUGUAGGGUUUUACUGUCAGGGGGGAGUGGUGGGUUCACUGUCCACCUCCGGGGCUCUCUGCUCAUCCGACGCAGGGAGAGACACGGGGGGAGGAGAGGGGAGACACGGCGGGGUGCCCAGGGAGAGAGGGGCGAUGGCGGCCGGCGGGGGCUCCGGGGAGCAGGUGGACCAGUACCGGGCCGAGGUGGAGCGGCUUACGCGGGAGCUGGCGGAGGCGAACCGGGAGAAGAUCCGCGCCGCCGAGUGCGGUCUGGUGGUUCUGGAGGAGAACCAAACCCUGAAGCAGCAGUACGCGGAGCUGGAGGCCGAACAGGAGGCUCUCCGCCAGGAGCUGGAGCAACUGCAGGAGGCGUUCGGCCAGGCCUACUCCACCCAGCGCAAGGUGGCGGAGGACGGGGAGAGCAACGAGGCCACGCUGCUGCAGGAGUCGGCCACCAAGGAGGCCUACUACAUGGGCCGCCUGCUGGAGCUGCAGGCCGAGCUGAAGCACUGCCGCUCCAGCGCCAGCGGCGCCCAGGCCGACAGCCAGCACCUGGGGGGGCUUCUGCAGGAGACACGAGAGAGUAACGAGAUGCUGGAGCUGCAGAGGAGUCGGAUGCGGGAGGAGAUCAGGGAGUAUAAGUUCCGGGAGGCGCGUCUCCUGCAGGACUACACGGAGCUGGAGGAGGAGAACAUCUCCCUGCAGAAGCUCACGUCCACGCUCAAGCAGAACCAGGUGGAGUACGAGGGGCUGAAGCACGAGAUCAAGGUGCUGGUGGAGGAGACGGAGCUGCUGAACAGCCAGCUGGAGGAGGCCCUGCGGCUGAAGGACAUCUCCCAGGCGCAGCUGGAGGAGGCGCUGGACUCGCUGAAGCACGAGCGCGAGCAGAAGGUGCACCUCCGCAAGGAGCUGGUGCACCACCUCAGCAUGUGCGACGUGGCCUACACGGGCAGCGCCCACCUGACCUUCACCUCCGCGCCGCCCAGCGGCACCGCCACGCCCACCGCCCUGCUCUCGCCCACCUCCGAAGACUCCGCCUCCAGGUGUAAUGGACAUCUCCAGGGGGCAAUAGGGGUGGGGCCAAAUGUCGGGUCUGUAAUCCGGGCCAAUGGGGAGUGUCGGGGGGCGGGGCGUAAGAUGGAGGGGGUGGGGCCUGACCUCUUCUCUGAGAUCAACCUGCCGGAGAUGCAGAAGCUCAGGCAGCAGUUGAUACAGGUGGAACGGGACAACCUGUCUCUGAUCAGCCGCCUGCAGGAGUCCCAGACCCAGCUGCAGCACACGCAGGGUGCCCUGGACGAGCAGCACGACAGGGCCCUCCGCCUCAGCCAGAAGGUCACCGUGCUGCGGCGCCUGCGCCGUGGGGCCCAGCUCGCCCGAGGGGCCUCCUCCGACUCGGACUCCCAGCUCCACGGGGAGGCCCAGUCGGAGCAGGAGAUGGAGGAGGAGGAGAAGGAGGGACUAGACGAUGAAGACGAAGAGGGCAACAGAGAGGGGGAGAGGAGGGGCAGCAGGUGUCACGUGUUUGCGUACCAGACGCCGGGGCUGGAGAUCCUGCAGUGUAAGUACCGGGUGGCCGUGACGGAGGUGGUGGAGCUGAAGGCGGAGCUCCAGAUGAUGAGGGAGCGGGCGGCGGCGGCGGCGGCGGGGGCGGGGGAGGAGAAGGCGAGGGAGGGGCCGUCGGUCAAAGAGAUGGAGGUGCAGGUGGCUCGUCUGGAGAUGAGCUGUCGGGAGGGGCGAGACAAGGUGAAGGGUCUGGAGGCAGACCUGCGCGCGGCCCAGGGUCAGGUGACGGAGGGCCAGGGGGCGCUGAACGCAGCUCAGGACGAGCUGGUGACGCUGAGCGAGGAGCUGGCCCAGCUGUACCACCACGUCUGCCUGUGCAACAACGAGACCCCCAACCGCGUGAUGCUGGACUACUACAGGCAGGGCCGGGGCCUGAGGGGUCUGGCCGCGGGUCUCAAGGCCCUGUCGGCGGACGACAGCCGCGUGCUGCUCACCCCCCGCCUGGCCCGUCGCCUGGCCGCCGUCGCCGCGGCGACCGCCAGCCCCGGGGAGUCGCGGAGCCCCUCACAGUCCCCGUCCAAAGAGCCGCCGUCCAGGGGGGAGGGGCCGCAGAAGGACGCCCCCCAGGGCCCCUCCCCCUCCCAGCGGAGCCCCGGGCCCCACACCCCGCCCACCCGCUCGCCCAGCAUCAGUGCCUCUUCAUCGUCGUCAUCCUCCUCGUCCCCCGCCCUGGAGCCCGCCGGCGAGCUCCGCAGGGAGCCGCUGAACAUCUACAACCUGAACGCCAUCAUCAGGGACCAGGUGAAGCACCUCCAGCGGGCAGUGGACCGCUCCCUGCUGCUGUCCCGGCAGCGGGCGGCGGCCCGGGAGCUGGCCCCGCUGCUGGACAAGGACAAGGAGAGCUGCCUGGAGGAGAUCCUGAAGGUCAAGUCCCUGCUGAGCACCAAGAGAGAGCAGAUCGCCACGCUCAGGCUGGUCCUGAAGGCCAACAAACAGACGGCGGAGGUGGCGCUGGCCAACCUGAAGGGGAAGUACGAGGCGGAGAAGUCCAUGGUGACCAACACCAUGACCAAGCUGAGGAACGAGCUCAAGGCACUGAAGGAGGACGCCGCAACCUUCUCCUCCCUCAGAUCCAUGUUCGCUAGCAGGUGUGACGAGUACAUGACCCAGCUGGACGAGAUGCAGAGGCAGCUGUCGGCGGCCGAGGACGAGAAGAAGACGCUCAACUCCCUCCUGAGGAUGGCCAUCCAGCAGAAGCUGGCCCUGACCCAGCGGCUGGAGGACCUGGCCUUCGACCAGGAGCAGACCCACCGGGGCCCCCGCGCCGGGGCCAAGCCCGGCCGCGCCCGCACCGCCACUCCCAAAGUAAGUCCCCCGUCCUCGGGCCUGACCCGGGGCCCCCCGACGACCUCGGGCCCCUGUAUCCUCCCCCCCUCCACCCUAGUCAGCCCCACUUCGGCGGGUUUUGAUAAGGCCCACGUUCUGACACGUAGCCCCUCGUUCGUGGGCUCGGCCGCUACCGCUCUGGCCUUGGGCCUCGCCUCCCCUACCUCCCCUCCUGCCCCGUCCAAGCCGCCCUCGCCCCUGCGGCCGGGGCCCCGGCCCCUCGGGAGCCCGCCGCCCCUGGAGACGCCCGCCUUUUCGUCGGCCUGGACGCCGCACGCCACGCCGCUGCGGGUGCGCCCCUCCCAGUGGACCCUGGGCUUGCGGACGGUGGUGGUCGACUCCCACAGUUUCAGCGUCAGCAUCUCCCCCACCAACCCGUCCCGCGGCCUCCCCUCCAGGGAGCACGCCUCCGACGGCCCCCAGCUCUCGCCCUCCCCCGCCGGCUCCGCCUCCGCCCUAUCUAGGUCCCCCCAGCCCAGCUCCGGCGCCGCCUCCCAGUACCGCUCCCUGCUCCCGUCCGGCCGGCGCUCCGCGUGGAGCUCCACGCCGCGGGCUCGGCCCCUGUCCACGCUGUCGCGGCCCUCGGCCCGCUACACGCCGUCCUUCUCCUCCCCUUACUCGUCCUUCCACUCCCCAGCCUCCUCCUACGGUUACUCCUCGGCGUACGGAAGCGCCUCCUACGCUUCGUCUAGUGCGAACAGGUCCUCCCCUUCCUCCUACAACCACUCCUCCAGCUACAGCCCGCUCUACCCACGGUACUACAGCCCCCAUCAGCCCCGGCACUGAUGCCCCCCCCCCCCCACACACACACACACCCCCGCACACACACGCGCACUAAACUCUUACAGACCUUUUUCCCCCUUUACCUUUGACUGCACACUAACACUGACUCAAUGCGGACACUACAACUCCCAUCAUCCUCCUUGUUCUGUCGCCGGGCAGAUGGAGAGAAUGGGGAUCACAGAGAGGAAGACACAAUGGUUUCCUUUUUCCUGUUUCCUGUGCCUAAGCCUUGACCAAUGGGGUUUGAAUGUUCAGUGACUUUGCUCAGGGAUUUGACAAGAGGAGCACAUGUGGCCCCGCCUUCUUUCCGUUCUGAGACUGUUGAUUAGUCUACAGGAUGGUCGUAGAGACUUUUUAAAGAGUGUUUUUAUAGUACGAGCUCUUGGUUCUGCCUUCCGGGCUGAACUUCACAUAUGCAUGAAGUGAUCUACACUCAAAAGGUUCCAACAGUUGUUGUUUUAAACUCACUUCACAACACUUGACAUGUUACUCCAUUUCCAUCUCUAGUAUAAUACUCACUCUCUUUUGAAUGCAGAACACAUAAUCAUGCGAACACAUGACAGUUAACCAAAUAGUCAUCCAAAGUCUUUACUUCUGGAUGAGGUCAUCUUUGUUUGUCGUUUGUGGAGAUGCCAUAAGAGUUGUUGUGAUGUCACUGCUAAGAACGAGGACAAACGUGGGGACUCGUGGGGGGUCAAGGCAGAAGGAACCAAGUGUACAUCCAGGAUAAAACUUUAUUGGUUGAUUUGAUUUUGACUGGGAUAAGGGGGAAGGGUGAGGGGGGGACUUCCAGCCAUCGGUUCUAAGUUCGAAGCCCAAUGUUUGCAGUCUACCCUUGAGCCAAAGACCGAAUGCUUUUCUGCUCUUUAAUAACAUGUAUCUCAAGUCUCUGUACGGUGGUAAAAAGUCAGUCCACAUCCAAACUACGAUUUAAAUCAAUCCUAAGAUUCAUGGGCCCGAUGGACUGAUUGGCUCACAUCUGCUGAAACGCCCACCAUUUCAAACGCUGAUUGGCUCAAAGUGAUGUCACUUACCAAACAUGGCUGGUGACCUCACUUUAUUCAAGGGAAAUGCAGUGGGCUACGUUUCACAUGAUUAUACUGCAAGGGGGUAACUUUAAACUUUCAGUAUAGCCUAACCAAAUGGGUGUACAGACUGUACAGACUUUUCCAGUGCUUAUUUGCCAUGUUUCAUUUAGCAUUUACCAACAAUGUCCCCAACAGCUCCAAACCUUAACCUCAGAUCAAGCUGUCCUAUUCAACAAAAAGUAUCAGAAAUCGACUACCCAUCCCCAAAUCUUGAACAUAAUAACUAAACUUCUGGCGGGCCAUAGCUAGUCUAAAACCUUAACUCUAACUAUCUCUUAUCUAAGUCCUUAGCUCAAACAUCUCAGACAAUACCUUAUCGCAACCCCCUAUAAUGUAAUGUCUACAUUUUUCUACUGCAUUGUGGGAAAAGACCGCUGGAAAAGUCCUUAUAGUUUUCACUCAAAGCCAUUUACCUAGCUAUGCAUGUUUAUAUUGGGAUGAUGAUUUCACAGCUGUAGUACUUACUCUGUCUAGUACUACUGGCUGAAUGGAGAAUAACAUUCAGCCAUUCAUUCAUGUUUCAAUGAACAUAGUGGGCCCACAAAAGCAAAAAACAAAUACGGUUCCAAGAAUGAGAGCCACCAAAUGUCAUUCGGCCAUUGGUCAGAGAACAAAGCACCUUUACUGCUCAACAUCUGAUUGUUUAUCCGCUGUUACGUCAUCGGCUCUUUCACUGUUGACUGUGUUUCUUUUUAUGAAUGAGUUGAUACUGCAGCUCAUUGGCAGGUUAGGUAUGACCAUGUCCCCUAUCUGUCGCUCAUUGCAUCAGUGUUACCAUUAACAUUAACACCAUUAAAACAUCAACUGUG